AUGGGGCUCAGCCUGAGCGCCGAUAACGAAUCUACGAAAGCCAAGGAGCUCCGCUUGGGAGUGACAAAGUUUCCCCACGACGACCACGCGGCGCGCGGGUACGAAAGCAUCGUUGCGGCUGAAAUCGCGAGCACCGAGCAAGAGGAGCCCGUGGAUGGUAAAACUUUGUUGAAAGCGAUGGAAGCCAUGGCCGCGCGACUGGCCAUCCCGUCCCGCUCUCAGUAUGGAUAA